AUGGAUAAAGAAGCUUUUGUGCAUUUUCUUGGAGGAGCUUUGGGCGGUACAGCUGGAACAGCUAUUACCUGUCCACUUGAGGUGGUUAAGACGCGAUUGCAGAGCGCAGAAUAUGCAUGCACAGCUUUAUCUCAUUCGCAUUCUGAAGGAGCGUCCAAAACCCGCAUACGAUUAUCUUACCCACACAUUUUGCUAUCUCACAGCGGGAUAAGAGCAUCUGUCAAUAGUCCUCAAAAACUGCAACUGUGCUAUAUACCGCCGACAUGUGCAGUGCAGCGAAAUGUACAACUUUUUGCUAAGCCCGGUUUAUCUGUGCAGCAGAGCAGGAGUAUUUACACCUUCUUCAAACAAAUUGUGGUAAAUGAAGGAUUCUCAGCUCUUUUCAAAGGAAUUGGUCCUAACCUUAUUGGUGUUGCACCUUCGAAAGCAGUUUACUUUUGUACGUAUUCAAGCUGUAAACGAUUGCUGAACAGUUUGGAUAUUUUUGUCUCGAAUAGCGCCAUGAUACAUAUGUCUUCUGCAGCUACCAGUGGCUUCGUUGCUGCGACCGUCAUUAAUCCAGUUUGGUUGGUUAAAACGCGCUUACAAUUGCAUAAAGGGCCACUCUCAGUGACGGAAUGUAUCAAACGAGUGUGGAAAGCAGAUGGUUUUAGGGGCUUUUAUCGGGGAGUGACCGCAUCAUACGUUGGAAUUUCUGAAACAGUAAUUCAAUUUGUAUUAUAUGAAGAGAUGAGAGCAUUGUUGUUGAAGUGGAAGUCAUCUUCUCGAGAACUGGAUGUAGAUGAUUCCAAGAGUUUAGCAAACCCAAGAACAAAUAUUAAUAAGUGGGAUGAGAAGGCCCAUCAGGAACAAGAUGAGAAAGAGCUAUCAGUAGUGCCCUUAACUGAAAACGACAAUCGUGAAAUGAUUGAUUUCUUGCAUUUUAUGCUCGCUGGUGGGACAGCAAAGUUUUUCGCCUGUUCAUUAGCUUAUCCACAUGAAGUGGUGCGUACUCGUAUGCGCGAGGAGAAUGCUGUAAUUAAAGGAUUUUUACCUACUCUAAAGUUUGUUUGGCGAAGGGAAGGCUUCUGGGCACUUUAUAGAGGAUUGGCUGUACAGCUUCUACGAACAGUCCCAAAUACAGCAAUCACUAUGGGUACUUACGAAUUAACAGUGCAUGUGUUGCAUGGAUUCAUGCGCUAA